AUGGCCGAGAUAAACACCUCCGCAGCCACCAAGAACAACAACCACAACACCAUCGACGACACUACCACCACCACCAUUGCUGCCGCUGACCCCGAAUCCGCCCAGCCAGAACACCCGUACCAGCCCUACAUGGACGUACAACCGCCCUCGGCUGCUCACCUCAGUGACGCCAACGGGAUGCCUCUCAGCGAGAAAGAGGUCGAGGCGCUGGAGAAGGAGGAGAGGGCCGAGCGCGCGGCCACGCCUGAACCCAGUGACUUCAAUAUCGCCUUCCCGGACCAUCUGCCCACGCCGCCCUUCUUGCAUGUGCAGGGCGUGCCCAAUUUCCGCGAGCUGGGAGGAUACCCCUGCCAGCCACCCUCGUCUUCGUCCCAGGCGCCGCCGUCCAAGAAGUACGUCCUCAAGAAAAAUCUCCUGUACCGCUGUGCUCACCCCACUCACUUGACCCCCACGGGGGCCACGUACCUGACCACCACUCUCAACGUGCACGACAUGUACGACUUGCGGUCUGCGCCCGAGAUCAACCGGCUCGCGUCCACUGUCGCUUCCAGUGGCAAGAGCGUGUACCCACUUGCAAGUCCCGUGUCUGGAUGUUUAGAUGAGGUACCGGGCCUCAAGAGGCAUUUCGUCCCCGUCUACCAGACCGAAGACUACGGCCCGGUCGCGCUGGCGAGAAAGCUGGCAUGGUAUACCGCCGAACACUCCCACGAUCAUGAAGCAGGAUACGCUUACUCCGAAGGCUUUGUGAGGGCGUAUCGAGACAUUGCCACGCACGGCGCCGGUGCCUACACCAUCAUGUUCCGACAUCUUCUCGACCGCCCGAACGAACCCCUGGUGUUCCACUGUACAGCCGGCAAAGACCGCACGGGGGUGUUCGGCGCGCUGAUUAUGAAGCUCGUCGGCGUGGACGAGGACGUCAUCUGCUGGGAGUAUGCCCUCACCGAACCUGGGCUGGGCGGCUGGCGGAAAGAGUUCAUCGAGCGAAUCGCCCAGACCGGCCUUGGGGGUGGCGGCGGCAAACCCCAGCAUCAGCAGCAGGUCGUCACCGGCGAGAGGGAGCACAGCAGACCGGCGGUUUCACGCGAAGAAGCCGCCCGGAUCUGCGGCAGUCGAGCGGGCAAUAUGCGUGCUUUCCUGCGCACCGUGCUGGAGGGCGAGUUUGGCGGCGUCGUCUCGUAUCUGACGCGCAUGUGUGGGCUGAGCGAGGCCGAGGUGGCGCGUCUGAGGGAGAAUCUCACCGAGCUGGUUGACGAUGUGCCGGGCCAGGUCAUGACCAUGGUCGAGAUUGACGGCUGGACUGCCGAGGGAGGCUGUGUGGAUUGA